GCCGCUGUCCGCACGCCGGUGCUGAUCCACGCAGAGGCCGCGCGUCGCCCCGGUGCGCUUCCGCGGCCGAAGCGAAGAUCGAGGCACCGAAAGCCCGUAGCCUGGUAGAAGGGCCAGGGCGGCGCCAAGUCCGGCCGAGUACGGCCCGCGAUGCCUCUCGAAGCCGGCACGCUCGCCGCCUCCGUGAAGCAGCCAGGCCCCGGGGCCGCCGAGCUCUGAGGCCGCGCUCGUGCCAUGGCCGCCCGGGGAGGACCGGGCCCCGGCUCCCGGCACCGCGCGCUCUGCGGGCUGCUGCUGCUCUGCCUCUGGCUGCCCGGCGGCCGGCCCGGGGAGCCCGCCGCUCCGUCGUCCGGGGUGGAUAGGCUGCUUCAGGACUUUCGCCGGCAACUACAGCGGGCACGGCCUCGCGAGGAGCUGGAACCGGAGCUGCUGGGCGGCCCGCGGGAGGAUUGCCCGGGUGCGGGCGGUACGGCGGUCUACCGGGCGGUGCCCGACACCAUCAUCCGCCCGCAGGACUCCAUCGCGGCGGGAGCCAGCUUCCUGCGCGCGCCCGGGACCGUGCGCGGCUGGCGGCAGUGCGUGGCGGCCUGCUGCUCCGAGCCGAGCUGCUCGGUGGCGGUGGUGCAGCUGCCCCGGGGGCCCAGCGUGCCCGCACCCAUGCCCGCGCCCCGCUGCUACUUGUUCCACUGCACGGCGCGUGGCCGCAGUGUCUGCAAGUUCGCGCCACUCCACGGGUUCCGCACUUACACCCUCAGUCGCGCCGGGGACGCCGCCGGGUUCUCUGCCGGGCCAGGUGAGGACGAGCCUCCAGUCAGCAGGGCUGGGAAGGAUGUGGUUUUACAGCUGCCCACAGACGGGGUAGUUCUAGACGGCCGAGAAAGCACAGAUGACCACACCAUCGUCCUUUAUGAGUGGACGCUGCAGCAGGGUGACCCGUCGUCAGUGGACAUGAAGGUGCCUCAGCCAGGAACCCUGAGGCUGUCCCGCCUGAAGGAAGGAGCGUACGUCUUCCAGCUGACUGUGACUGACUCUGUGGGUCAGAGAAGCUCCAACAACGUGUCUGUGACUGUGCUUCCCCGGCUCUAUUCCACGGGAGAUGAGGGAUGCUCCAGUGCUUGUUCCCGCUACCAUUUCUUCUGUGACAGUGGCUGCUGCAUUGACAUCGCCUUGGCUUGUGAUGGUGUGAGGCAUUGUCCAGACGGGUCUGAUGAAGCCUUCUGUCAAAACUUGUCUCUUGACCGCAAGUGGGUGACACACACAGUGGCUACUUCUGCCCAGCCAGGAGUCACGGGAUUAAGUGAAGGUGAAGGAGACCCCAGGUCGGGGUCCCAGAGAGCCACUACCCACAGGCAGCCGGCUCCUGCAUCCCACACAGAGAAGAGGAUACACUCCACCCAGAAGGCGCCGGAGAGUCAGAUCCAUCCUGUCCAGCCAGACAGUAAUUCCUCAGGAAAGAACCAAGAAGAAGGAAAUUACUUUCUCAAGUCCAAGAGUGGCAAAGCGCGAGCGGAGCACCCUGCCCCGGAAGCAGGUGCGGUGCUACCUCUGGCGUUAGGUCUGGCCAUCACUGCUUUGUUACUUAUCAUGGUGACAUGCCGACUCCGACUGGUGAAGCAGAAACUUAAGAAAGCCCGUCCCAUUACAUCUGAGGAAUCUGACUACCUCAUCAAUGGGAUGUAUCUGUGACAAAGUUAUUUAAGCAGCUGGGGACAAGGAUGGGCGUCACGUACAGUCUGUUCUUUGGGUUCUAUCAUUGAGACGUUUUUAAACUGUCCUAGAAGACACUGCAGACACAAGCCUUGAUUUAUCAUGAAAUCACUUCCCUGGGAAUGUACGAUGUCUUCAAAGUUAGAGAAGCAUUCAUGAGAUUGAAGCUUGUUUGCUGAGGCAGAAAGUCAGCGUGUCACAAGGUGACAGAUGGAGUCCUGCCUUUCCUUUGUGAGGUGCCAAUUGCUGGUCCCUAGCAGUUUCCCUUGUCUCUCCACUGAGUUCUCAUGAGCUCUACUUUCUUUUCCUCUGACAAAUACCUCUGAAAAAAAGAUCUUAAGUGAAUUUACACUCAGUGAGAUGUUACCAAUGGCAGGUCUGUCUGUGUUAUAAGCAUUCUGGGCUGGGCAGUGGUGGCGCACGCCUGUAAUCCCAGCACUUGGGAGCCAGAGGCAGGUAGAUUUCUGAGUUUGAGGUCAGCCUGGUCUACAGAGUGAGUUCCAAUACAGCCAGGGCUACACAGAGAAACCCUGUCUCAAAAAACCAAAAAUCAAAACAAAAAGCAUUCUGAGUAGAUCAGUGAUGUCCCGUCCCACCCCACCCCACCCUAAGCUUGUGAUAUCAGACCAUGGUGGUAGCUGCCACAUCUGGCUGACCUUGGAAGAAUCCCUAUUGUUUAGGGGCAACUGUAGGUGGUUAUGAAGUGAGCGCUGACAGCAGAGAAGGGCCUGGUAGGGAACAGCAUCCCAGCAGUGGGCUGCGUGAGGACAAUCCACUCAAACCGCUUCCUGGAACGGGGCGGUGCGGCUGCUUUACAUAUGACUGGUUUUCAAUACAAGCCUUUCUGAUGAAACGUGCAAUUAUCAAUCCAAGCAGUGAUGUCUGGGUGUUUGUGAAAAGGUUGCCGUGCCCAGGUAUCACAGGCUUUUCAAUGGAAUGAGCCAGAGGCUUCCCUUCGUGCGUCUUGCAGGGUUGGAGGUGGGACCCAGGAUCCUGUUUGUGCUAGACAAGUGCUCUACCACUGAUCUAUACCCCAGCCCUCACUGUUUUUUAUGUUACUAAAAUGUUAUAAUGUACAAUCAGCUAAUGUCAGGAUGUAUUUCCAGAGCAGAAAGCACUUUUGCACAAAUUCCCCUUUACAGGAAGCUACUAGCAUCCAGCCUAACAUCUAUAAGUUUGUAGACAGUGAAGGUAGAUUUUCCCAUCACACUUAGUGCCAGGUUGUACACUCCAGAGUUAACACAGAGGGGACUGCACGGUGUGGUGCCUGUUAUAAUCAUGAUGUUCCUAGUUUCUUUACCUAAGUGGCAAACAUUAGAAAACACUGAAAAACACUGUAGUCACAUUAGCUUAGACUCAAUGUAAAGUAGGUGGUUCCUUUAACAAGGGGUUUGAUUUUGGUGAGGGAAUAUAACCUAUUAAAAUAUCGUAAUAAAAGGGUAGUUCUAGAAAAGCAAAUAUUUGCUUUUGUCUCUUGAGACUCCAACUCCAGCCUCUUACUGACUACUUAGAGCUAAUCAGCGGUGUAAACGUUACAGUAGCUGUCUGUGAGAUGAAUGUCGAGUGACCUUACCUACACUCUGUGAUGUUUGCACCUGUUUCAUAGAGGUCACCUGUAGCCACAUCCAGUAAAUAGACAAUGGUGAGGCAUGUUUCCUUCUGCACAUCUUUUAUAUACAAAGAAGUUGACUACACUCUAGUAUUGCUAUUGUUUUGAAGUACUUGAGAAAAGAUGGCCUUGUAUGCACCAGUCCCUUAAUAAACUAUUUUAUUCUUAUGCCUUUAAAAAAAAGACUCUCAUAAAUUACAGGUUACUAAGUGUGCCCAAACUCUAGUGUUUGGAUUUAAUCAUGCCAACUCUGAUCACAAAGGGACUGAGGGUUGUGGAAGAGUGAGCUGCCCGCAGCCACAGGAAGUCUGCAGGGAUUGGGCCCUACCUAGUGCUCCUUAUGUGGGGUCUGGGCGAGGCCUCGGGGGUGUCGACUUCUCAGUGACUCUGACUUACAUUCUCUCUCCAUUCAGAAACAACUAAAAAGGGCGCAGUGCCCAUACCUCACCUCUUAAACAUGCUGCGUCACAGCUUUUCCUAAGGCCUACCAGGAGCUUAGGAAGUCACUUGCCGACUUGGUUCUUCCGGAAGCCAUUUUGAUUAAUGUCAUUUACUUCCAAGAUACAGUCUCAAAUGUUGGAACUUUCCCCCUCUCUCUCUUCCUUGUAAUGACUGAGAAGUUGUCUGUCCUCCUCACUCUCUUGCCGCACCAAUACCUUUCUUGCUGAGUUUACUCUUUUCCUGUAUUUUCCCUCAAUUCAAA